CGCGCCGGGCGUGGGCAUCUGAGCCGAGCGCGGAGCGGGACGGGUCCGGGAGCACGAUGGACUCGCGCCGCGCCGCCCCCAGGCUCCUGCUGGCCGUCGCCGCUCUCCUCUUGCGCGCCCCCAGAGUGGACUGUGAAUCCGAGCCCCCUGAUGUGGUCUACCUACCAGCUGAAAUCAAAGUGCUCAACGGCCCGGAGUAUUUCCGCCUUCAACGUGCUGAUCGCUAUGUGCCCGGAAACGCUUCCCUUGGCUCACGCGCCGAGACUUUCCUCUUCCUUCACCGGCAGCUCACAGGAAAGCCCACCAUCCAAGCUGCCUACCUGCCCUUCACUGCCCAGCAGGCAGUCCCGGCUGACGACUCCCAAGACACAGACCCCUCUGCUGCCUGGGACAUUCGGGUUGUCUCCAUUGAAGGCACAGUGUCUCCUUACGAGCCGUAUGCCAGGGUCCUUUUCCACCUCCAAGGGCAGGACUGGAUGUCGAGACAGCAGCCUCUCCCCUGCAUCAUGCUGCAUGUGUUCCACCAGGCCCAGGCAGUUCGCCGGGCCUGCCACCUCCAGGCACCACUUGGGGUGUGUGUUGUAGAAGUUGAGCUUCCCCCUCGCUGGUUCUCUCCCCUGCCUCCCGCCAGCCUGCGCAAGCUGGAGGAGUCCACCUCCACCCCUCCACGGGCUGAGCUCUACUACACCGUGGAGUCCCCAUUGCCUGGGAAGGCGCCUCGAGAGUGCCCCCACGGGCGGGCCCAGGAGAGACUGCGCCCGGGCCCUGAGGGCACCAAGGACCGACUGCGCUAUGUGGGCCCCGUCGAUAUUCGGGUGAUGAACCCACCACGGCGGCAGGAAGUGCGGCUGGAUGACAAUGUGAUGGUUCGAGUCCCUGACAUGGCGCUGCGCCCUGGGCAGCUCUUCACUGCCACACUUAUCCUGCAGCAGAACUUCACAGCUAAUCUGCUGACUCUCCGAAUCAAGGUGAAGAAAGGGCUGCAAGUUCUGGCUGCUCGUCCCACCAGGCCAGAGGCAUGGACUGCAAAGCUGGACAAGUUCAAGGGUGCCAAACACCACACCGCUCUAGUCACCUGUCGCCGUUCUGUUGGCAGUGGGAUGGACUGGAGGGCUGCAGAUUUCCCAGAGUUCCUGUAUCUGGAUUUUGUAGUGGAGAAUGGCACAGGGGGCCUGGCUUCCACACGGCCUGUCACUUGGCAAGUGGAGUACCCUGGCCAGGACCCUGAAGCAGAGAAGGACAAGAUGGUGUGGGAGAUCCAAGUCUCAGAGCGAGAUGUGCGGGCCUUGGUUCCACUGGUGCAGGAGCAGGAGAUUGUGAACACUGCCCUUCUCACGGGAGUCCCCCACUCGGUGCCUGUGAAACUGGUGGUGGUAGAGACGGGAGGAGCAGUAUCUGAGGUGAUGGAGCAGAUGGGCUGUGAGUCUUCUAACAAGCAGGUCCUGCAGGUGUCAGAUGUGUGUGAUGCUGUCUAUGUAGGGGGAAAGGAGAGCCGAGGGGCACGUGGUGUACGGGUGGAUUUCUGGUACCGCCGACUGCAUGCUUCACUGCUCUUUACUGUCUGGGCUCCCCUUCUUCCUCUGCGGAUUGAGCUGACGGACACCUCUCUGGAGCAGGUGCGAGGCUGGAGGGUCCCUGGCCCAACCCCUGAUGGCGGUCCAGCAGAGCCUGAAGAGGGUGGCGAGGAAGCCGAAAGAAAAGCUCGGGGCUGCCGACUCCAGUACCAGCGCGCUGGGGUCCGUUUCCUUGCCCAUUUCGUAGCUCACCCUCUAGAUGGUGGCCGCCACCUCACCUAUAUGCCGAGCUCCGACUGGCUGCUGGAUGUCUCUCACCUCGUGCAGAAGCACGCUAGAAUCCAGGACCCCCGAGUGGCAGUGCUUGAAGGUGGGAGUGUGGUGGUUGGUCGUGAGCCAGGCAUGACGUCUGUGGAGGUGCGUUCCCCUGUUUCUGACUCUAUUCUGGGGGAGCAGACCCUGGUGGUGUCAGACGACAAAGUCUCCAUUUCUGAGCUGCAGGCCCAGCUGGUGUCAGGCCUUUCACUUUCUCUCUCUGUGGAGCCAGGACACUUGAAUGUCUUCACCGCCAAAUGUAAGGGACUCUCUGUCCUGCAGUCCCUGAAGCAGGACGCUGUGCUCAGCCUCUGGCUGGCAUUCACUGACCACACCUUGGCUCCAGUAGAGCUCUAUGGCUGGCGGGAUGCAGCGCUCCAUCUGACUUCCCUGAACCCUCACGUGGUCUCCGUGCGGCUGGACGAGGGGCAGGAUCGGCCUGUGAUCGUAGCCGAGGGACCAGGCCGAGGCUCCUUCCUGCAGCUUGGCCUGCACUCUCCAGACCCGUGCCGUAAGGGCAAGCACCGGGCACCCCUCGCCCAGGGCACAGUGUGGCUGGAGGUGGACUUUGGCCAGCUGUUCCUGACAACAAGCAGCUCAUGGGAACCGGACACCCCCCUCCACAGCGAGCCGCCCUUCCAGCGCGCGGAGGGGGCCAUGUCAGGUGAAGCGGUGACAGUCGCUGCGGUCACUGAGAGUGGAAGGGGAGCCAGGCGCCGUGGCCCAGUAGGGGUGGGGCCCCCGAGAACCAAAUUUGAGGGGCCUGGUGGUAGCUCCUAUGAGGAUACUGAACAGGUGGAGGAGCGGGGCGAGGAAGAUGAGAUGGUGAAGGCCCCGGCCAGGGUGACAGACCUGGAGAUCGGCAUGUACGUCCUCCUGGGUGUCUUCUGCCUUGCCAUCUUCAUCUUCCUCAUCAACUGUGUGGUCUUUGUACUCCGCUACCAGCGCAAGGAGCCUCCUGAUGCUGGGUCGGGGCCAUCCUCCGCCCCACAGCCUCACAACUGGGUCUGGCUCGGCACCGACCAAGAGGAGCUGAGCCGGCAGCUGGACCUGCGCAGCCAGCACUGCAAGGACCAAGCCCCGGACCCUCCCGGUACUGAGGACGGGUGCGCUUGCUGUGCGGGGCCUGAGAGCAAGUUGGAGCCGAUGACCCAGGAGAGCUCGGUUCCUCUCCCGGGGCCAGAAACAGGUGUUUCCAUAAACCCAGUGGGCCCUCCAGCCCAGGCAAGCCCAGCCCUGACCACCACCUUGUCUAGGAGGAAGGAGGGCAGGGAGGUGGGCGGCCGGCGGAAGCGGGUGGAGUUUGUGACCUUCGCUGCUCCUCCGGGCUCUGCUCCCAGCCCCCCUGCAUCUGCCCCUGCUGUUCAGUCCAUCCUUGUGGCCAGCGAAGAUGACAUUCGCUGGGUGUGCGAGGACAUGGGCCUUCACGACCCCGACGAGCUGCGCAGCUACAUGGAGAGGAUCCGGGGCAGCUCCUGA